UCCUGAGCUGCACAAAAUCUGGCUCCAUUAUGCGGGAAGGAAGGGACCGAGUUGUUUCUCUCGCCACCGAUCGGACAGGGAGGAUUCUUGCUUGCCACGGAACAGACUCUGUCUUGGAAAUGUUCUAUGUCCUUAGCGAGGACGAGAUCCGUAGGAAAAUGGAUAAGAAAGUGAAGAAAGCGAGGAAGAAGGCCAAGCAAAGACUGGAGGAGGAGGAGGAGGAGGAUGAAGAUGGCGUCGAGUUCAGCUUGCAAGAGAAGAUUGUUCGCCUUGUGAAAAUAAAGGCUUCCGCCAAAAUCAAGUCUUUUGACUUGAUACUCAGUCCCAGAGGGGAGCUGAAAGCCGUCCUCAUGCUCCAGAACAACACCGUUGAGUCUUACUCCCUGAACUCAUCAGCACAGUCCUCCCAAGUUACCCGGACAUCCACGAUAAACAUCGAGGGGCACCGCAGCGAUGUCCGGACACUGGCGUUUAGUUCGGACAACAUUGCCGUUCUUUCUGCAUCUGCUGAGUCGGUUAAGAUUUGGAACAGGUCUACCUUGCAGUGCAUUCGGACCAUGACCUGUGAGUACGCUCUCUGCUCGCUCUUCGUCCCGGGAGACCGACAAGUCAUUGUGGGGACCAAGUCUGGGAAGCUGCAGCUUUUUGACCUGGCUUCGGGGACGUUGUUGGAGACGCUUGAGGCCCACGACGGAGCUCUCUGGUCCAUCUCGCUCGCUUCAGAUCAGCGUGGCUUCGUGACGGGCGGCGCAGAUAAAUGUGUCAAGUUCUGGGGCUUUGAGCUGGUGAAGGAUGAAAACACUCUUCAGAAGAGGCUGUCUGUCAAGCAAACGCGUGUCUUGCAACUGGAUGAAGAUGUCCUCUGUGUCCGGUAUAGCCCCAAUCAGAAACUACUAGCUGUUGCUUUACUGGACUGCACCGUGAAAAUAUUCUACACCGACACACUCAAGUUUUUCCUGUCUUUGUACGGACACAAGUUGCCAGUGUUAUGCAUGGAUAUCUCCUAUGAUGGGGCGUUGAUCGCCACUGGCUCUGCUGACCGAAAUGUGAAGAUCUGGGGCUUGGACUUUGGGGACUGUCACCGGUCCCUCUUCGCUCACGACGACAGUGUGAUGUACCUCCAGUUCGUUCCCAAGUCCCACCUCUUCUUUACAGCGGGAAAGGACCGCAAGAUUAAACAGUGGGAUGCUGAUAAAUUCGAGCACAUCCAGACCCUGGAGGGCCACCACCAGGAAGUGUGGUGCGUGGUGCUCAGCCCCAAUGGGGACUACGUUGUGUCGUCCUCCCAUGAUAAGUCACUGCGCCUCUGGGAAAGGACGAGAGAGCCACUUGUGCUGGAGGAGGAAAGGGAGAUG